UCUUCCCGGAAGCUGACAGUCAUCUGAUUUUCUCCUCUCCCGUGUUUGUUUGAUAGCCCCCGUCACUGUUAGCAAAGACAAAACAACCGUCCCACCUUCUUUUUAUUUGUUUAUUUUUUGUGAUUCCCCUCUUUUUUUUCGGUCUCUUUUGCGGAGGAUACGAUAACUCCUCGUCAGACCUCCGAAAAACAUGGACGAGACGAGUCCGCUUGUCUCUCCUCUCCGGGAUUCCGGGGAUUUUAGCUACUGUCCCACGGAGCCCACCAGCCCCCGGGGCGCGUUUGGAGGCACGCCGGGCUCCGUGGUGCGGAUCCCGGCGGGCAGCCCGGGGCGGAACCGGGAGAGGCAGCCGCUCCUGGACCGGGACCGGGGAAACGCGCCCCGGGAGCCCCACCGGAACGAGUUCCCAGAGGAUCCGGAGUUCAGGGAGAUCAUCCGAAAGGCCGAGCGAGCCAUAGAGGAGGGGAUAUACCCGGAGAGGAUCUACCAGGGAUCCAGUGGGAGCUACUUUGUCAAAGACUCCCAGGGGAAGAUCAUCGGAGUGUUUAAGCCUAAGAACGAGGAGCCCUACGGGCAGCUGAAUCCCAAAUGGACCAAGUGGCUCCAGAAGCUGUGUUGUCCCUGUUGUUUUGGCCGAGACUGUCUGGUUUUGAACCAGGGAUACCUGUCGGAGGCCGGGGCCAGCCUGGUGGACCAGAAGCUGGAGCUCAACAUCGUCCCCAGGACCAAGGUGGUGUAUUUGGCGAGUGAGACCUUCAACUACAGCGCCAUAGACCGGGUCAAGUCCCGAGGAAAGAGGCUCGCCCUGGAGAAGGUCCCCAAAGUGGGUCAGCGCUUCCACCGGAUCGGACUCCCCCCCAAGGUGGGCUCCUUCCAGCUCUUUGUGGAUGGGUACAAAGACGCAGACUUCUGGCUGCGGAGGUUUGAGGCCGAGCCUCUUCCCGAAAACACCAACCGGCAGCUGCAGCUGCAGUUUGAGAGGCUGGUGGUCCUGGAUUACAUCAUCAGGAACACAGACAGAGGAAACGACAACUGGUUGCUGAAGUAUGACUGUCCAAUGGACUCUGUUGGAAAUAAGGACACAGACUGGGUGGUGGUGAAGGAUCCCAUCAUCAGAGAGCUGGUCAUCCCCAAACUGUCCGACCCAAACUUCAUCAAAGACCUGGAGGAGGACCUCUACGAGCUAUUUAAGGCAAGGAAAGCUUCAUCAUCAUUCACGCAGGAGUUAAGUGUGACGUGGGCUGUUGAGAUCCUCAACUUGUGCCAAUCCCUGAAGGACGGCAAAACCCCCCUCCAGCUGGUCCAGAUGCCCCCGGUGAUCGUGGAGACGGCCCGAGCCCCCCAGAGAGCCAACAGCGAGUCCUACACGCAGAGUUUCCAAAGCAGAAGACCCUUCUUCACCUGGUGGUAGGAGGGGGGGCAGCAGGGACUGUGCACGGACUGAGGAGAAGUUAAAAAAAACAAACAAACAGAGCAAGGCUUUUGUCCUGGAGUUAAUCCUCACCCCCCCCCUCCCCUCUCCUGGCGGUCAUCUUAGGACAGAGGGGGAUUCGGCCCUGCCCAGGUGAGGCUAAAGGAGGGGGGCGUGGCAGCAAAUCCUCCCCGUUGGCUUCUGUGCCUUGUAUGAAAAUGGUUGAAAAGAUUUUAGCUCGUAAAGAUCUGCUCUGCUCUCUGAGAGCUGUUUUGGUUGGAUGACAUUUCUCAUUUUCGGCCCCCCACGCACGCCGGUCAGAGGCCUACCGUGUUUGUUUUUUUGGACGGGCAGGUUUUUGCAUUCCAUUUUCCUUAGUUUGUUCUUCUUUUUUUUUUUUUUGUCACACCUCUUUGCCUUGUUUCG